GAUCUGCCGGCCCCCAGGCGUCCAGCACCCACACCCUAGAAGGCUUCCACAUUCACGUGGACGCGCAGGCGGCCUGUGGGCUCCCAUUCUCUCUCUUUCUGAGACCCGAGGACUGAGCCAGUGUUUAGCUCCCCAGGGACCCCACAGCCCUCAGCCCCGGAGCCGGGUGCCCCAGUCCCAGGCAUCCACGUUCUUCCCGCGGCGGCCGCGCACAUCUCUCCUCGCCCCGAUGGGCACCCACUGCUCUUGGUGGCCACGGUGGCCGCUGUCGCCGCUGCUGCUGCUGUUGCUGCUACUGUGCCCCACGGGCGCCGGUGCCCAGGACGAGGAGGGAGAUUACGAAGAGUUGAUGCUUGCCCUCCCGUCCCAGGAGGAUGGCCUGGCUGAUGAGGCCGCACAUGUGGCCACCGCCACCUUCCGCCGUUGCUCCAAGGAGGCCUGGAGGCUGCCAGGAACCUACAUGGUGGUGCUGAUGGAGGAGACCCAGCGACUGCAGAUUGAACAAGCUGCGCAUCGCCUGAAGACCCGGGCUGCUCGCCGGGGUUAUGUCAUCAAGGUUCUGCAUGUCUUUUAUGACCUCUUCCCAGGCUUCUUGGUGAAGAUGAGCAGUGACCUGUUGGGUCUGGCCCUGAAGUUGCCCCAUGUGGAGUACAUUGAGGAAGACUCAUUUGUCUUCGCCCAGAGCAUCCCAUGGAACCUGGAGCGGAUUAUCCCAGCUCGGCAGCAGACAGAGGAAGACAGCUCCCCUGAUGGAAGUAGCCAGGUGGAGGUGUAUCUCUUAGAUACCAGCAUCCAGAGUGGCCAUCGGGAGAUUGAGGGCAGGGUCACCAUCACUGACUUCAACAGCGUGCCCGAGGAGGAUGGGACACGCUUCCACAGACAGGCAAGCAAGUGUGAUAGCCAUGGCACCCACCUGGCAGGUGUGGUCAGCGGCCGGGAUGCUGGUGUGGCUAAGGGCACCAGCCUGCACAGUCUUCGUGUGCUCAAUUGUCAAGGGAAGGGCACAGUCAGCGGCACUCUCAUAGGCCUGGAGUUCAUUCGGAAGCGCCAGCUAGUCCAGCCUUCAGGACCACUCGUGGUGCUGCUGCCCCUGGCGGGUGGGUAUAGCCGGAUCCUCAACACUGCCUGCCAGCACCUGGCAAGGACUGGGGUAGUGCUGGUGGCAGCAGCGGGGAACUUCCGGGACGAUGCCUGCCUCUACUCCCCAGCUUCCGCUCCAGAGGUCAUCACAGUUGGGGCCACAAAUGCCCAGGACCAGCCAGUCACCCUGGGGACUUUGGGGACCAACUUUGGACGCUGUGUGGAUCUCUUUGCCCCCGGGAAGGACAUCAUCGGAGCCUCCAGUGACUGCAGCACAUGCUUCAUGUCACAGAGUGGGACAUCACAGGCUGCUGCCCACGUGGCUGGCAUUGUGGCUAUGAUGCUGACUCGAGAGCCGACACUUACCCUGGCUGAGCUGCGGCAGAGGUUGAUCUACUUCUCUACCAAAGACGUCAUCAACAUGGCCUGGUUCCCUGAGGACCAGCAGGUGCUGACCCCCAACCUGGUUGCCAUACUGCCCCCCAGCACGCAUGAGACAGGUGGGCAGCUGCUGUGCAGGACGGUGUGGUCGGCCCACUCGGGGCCCACUCGUACAGCUACAGCUAUAGCUCACUGUGCCCCAGAAGAGGAGCUGCUGAGCUGUUCCAGCUUCUCCAGGAGCGGGAGGCGAAGGGGUGAUCGGAUUGAGGCCAUAGGGGGCCAGCAUGUCUGCAAGGCCCUCAAUGCAUUUGGGGGUGAAGGUGUCUAUGCUGUCGCGAGGUGCUGCCUGCUUCCCCGUGCCAACUGCAGCAUCCACAACACCCCUGCAGCCAGAGCUGGCCUGGAGACCCAUGUCCACUGCCACCAGAAGGACCAUGUUCUCACAGGCUGUGGCUUCCAUUGGGAGGCGGAAGGUCUUAGCAUCCAGCGGCAGCCUGUGCUGAGGUCCAGACGCCAGCCUGGCCAGUGCGUUGGCCACCAGGCGGCCAGUGUCUAUGCUUCCUGCUGCCAUGCCCCGGGUCUGGAAUGUAAAAUCAAAGAGCAUGGCAUCUCAGGUCCUGCAGAGCAGGUCACCGUGGCCUGUGAGGCAGGAUGGACCCUGACUGGAUGCAAUGUGCUCCCUGGGGCAUCCCUCACUCUGGGGGCCUACAGUGUGGACAACCUGUGUGUGGCAAGAGUCCUUGACACUGACAGAGCAGACAGGACCAGUGAAGAAGCCACAGUAGCUGCUGCCGUCUGCUGCCGGAGCCGGCCUUCAGCAAAGGCCUCCUGGGUUCAGUGACAGCCUCAGGCAGGGAUGGUGCCUGAGGCUGGGUGCAGAACUUCUGCCUGGGAGAACUUGGCGUCUCACUCUGGGUACCCAUUCCUGGUCUAUAUGUGGGGAAGCAACUCGUUCAUGGUCAGGGUACCUGUGCUUGACAUUCUGCCAUCAAAGAUGUUAAGCUGUAGUUGGCUCUGGCCAGCUGCUCCAGUAUAUCAGAACUCGAGGACACUUGCUGAACGCAAGGCUAGGCCGUCCUCAGGCCUCCAGGGUGGAUUUGUCCUGCAGGAAGAUAAUGAUGGAUAGAGAUCCUUGGAGGUUCAAAGAUCAAGUACCAGACUGGAAAAGUAAGUCUGAAAGCCGCAGGGACCAUCCACUCAUAGCCUGCUCACAUUGCAGACACCAUUUUGGGCUCCCUGAUUAAAUGCAGGUCAGUUCUGCAUACCUCCAGGGGUAGAUCCAGCUAUAAAGCCAUGCCUAUAUCUUCAAGAUGUUCUCAUCUGCUGUACCAAAGGCUUUGGCCCUGUUCAGGAUAACGUGCUAUGAACCUUCAGCUGACUCUCAGUUUACACUGGAGAACCAUACAGGGCUUAUCUCACCUUACCCCAUCCAAUACCCUGUGCACUGACUGACUGCGAGACAGGACCAGAGAGGUGAUAUCACACAGCCAGUGAUGUCAGGACAUAAAUCCAGAGUGGCUGGCCCUGAAGCCAUGCCUCUUGGCAAUACCAGGCUGGGCGUUGAGAGGACAGGCAAUGCCUCAGCCACUUGUUCCUGGAUCUAUGCUCCCUUAGCCCCAGUCGCACAGAUCAUGUGGAGACUGGAGGAGUAACAGAGAGCAACUGUACCAAGGCCACACCAGCUGACAAGCACACCUCUAUCCUUUUGACCUCUUCUGCCUUUUUGUAGUAAGCUUCCCCCACCUGUGUUGCUUUUGUAACUUGAUAUUUAUGCAGGAUUUUGUAGAGUUUUUAUUAUGUAGUGACUUUUCAGAAUAAAAGCGGC